CCUCACAGUGACCCGCCUUUUCUUACCACGGCCCGCGCCCACUGGUCCGCCAGGCUCCGCCUUUUUUGCGGCCCCCGUUGUGCUGCUGCACCCGACGAGCAGGGUUGACGGUGAACCCCACGUAGACGCGGCCCCGGUGCCGAGGGUUCAGACAGUAGAGCAGGUAGACGCCGAAGAAGCAUCCGGGGCCCAUCGCCAAUUUGGGGGUCGAUUGUUGUGGCUUGUGACCCGAGGAGGGCUGGGCUGCCAGGGCCGCAAGAUGCUUGUCUCAGAGAAAGCGCCUGGGAGCUAUCCCGAGGUACCCUAGAAGUCACAGCAAUGCAAACUCGUGCAUCCUCUCCUAGUUCGAGCUAGGGUGUCCAAACCAGCGCACAGAACCCGGGUUGCUGUUCAGGCGGCGGGUACCGAUUAGAGUCCGCUGGAGCCCCAUGCAGACUCUGACAGGAGAGGAAACCGAAGGCAGUUGGAAAACUGGGCUUGGGAUAGGGCGGAAGUGCUGAGUUUAUGGACGUCUUAGUAAGGGCGGAAGUAGAUGCCUCAGCGGAAGUGGUGCCAGUAAGGGCGGGCGGUGUGGCUGGGGUCAGAGCUGGGGUUCCAUCCCCGGUGGGCUGCCGCCCUCGCUGGGCUGCCACAAUGGAACUCAGUGCCGAGUACCUCCGGGAGAAGCUGCAGCGGGGCCUGGAAGCGGAGCACGUGGAAGUGGAGGACACGACUCCCAACCGUUGCGCGUCCAGCUUCCGAGUCCUCGUGGUGUCGGCCAAGUUCGAGGGGAAACCGCUGCUUCAGAGACACCGGCUUGUGAACACUUGCCUAGCAGAAGAGCUCCUGCACAUUCACGCUUUUGAGCAGAAAACCCUGACCCCAGAGCAGUGGGCCCGUGAGCAGCAGAAAUAAGGGACCCGGACCUGCACACGCAUUAAAUUAUGGAUCAGGGCCA